AUGUCUUAUUCAGAAUCUGAUGAUGAAUCUGAAGGAGUACCAAGUCAACUUCAAUUUUCUGCUCGACCUGAAUGGUCUGAUGUAGUACCAAUUGAACAAGAUGAUGGUCCACAUGCUGUAGUUAAAAUUGCUUAUUCAGAUUCAUUUCGUGAAACCUUUAAUUAUAUGCGUGCAUGUAUGCAAUCAAAUGAAAUGAGUGAACGUGCACUUGAUUUAACUAAAGUUGCAUGUCGACUUAAUCCAGCUAAUUAUACAGUUUGGUGUUAUAGACGUAAACUUUUAUAUAAUCUUGGAUGUGAUUUAAAUGAGGAAAUAACAUUUAUUGGACAAAUGAUUAAAGAAAAUCCAAAAAAUUAUCAAGUAUGGGAACAUCGUCGUUUAAUUGUCGAACGUUUAGGUCAUACAGCUAAUGAAUUAACAUUUCUUUCUGAUAUUAUUGAGCGUGAUUCAAAAAAUUAUCAUGCCUGGCAAUAUCGUCAAUGGUUACUAAGAACUUAUUCACUUUGGUCCGAUGAAUUAAAUUAUGUUGAACAUUUAUUACGAGAUGAUAUAAGAAAUAAUUCAGCAUGGAAUCAACGUUAUUUUGUUAUUGCUCAUACAACUGGUUUUAAAGAUGAUAUUAUUGAACGUGAAUUAGAUUUUGUUGAAAAACGUAUUGAAUUAUGUCCAGAUAAUGAAAGUGCAUGGAAUUAUUUACGUGGUAUUGUUCGAUUUCGUUCAGUAAAUUUAAAUGAUCAACGUAUAUGGAAUUUUUGUCAGAAUUUAUAUGAGAAUAAAUUUCAAAAAGAUAAUUUUAAUAAUCAACAAUGGAAAUUUUUACUAGCUUAUAUGAUUGAAUUAUUAAUUGAUGAUGAUCGAAAGGAAAAACAAGAAGAAAAUAAAAAAAUGAUUAAUAACCUUUGUGAAAGAUUAGCAGUACAAAUUGAUCCAAUAAGAAAAAAAUAUUGGCAGUAUAUUCAAGAACAACCUUUUGAAUCGAAAUCAAUACGAGCUGCAAAUGUAAAUACAUUUUAUAAUGUCAUUGCUCAAGAUGGAGCUGAUCCAUGGGUAUAUAAACAUACAGAUGGAUGGUAUUAUUCGACACGAACGACAGGUGGAGAUGUUCGAAUAUGGCGAUCACGUAGUUUAACAUCUAUGAAUGCCGGUGAAAGUCAAAUUGUAUGGAGGUCACCUAAUUCUGGUGCAGCAUGUAAGGCUAUAUGGGCACCAGAAUUACAUUUCGUUCAAUCACGUUGGUAUAUCUAUUUUGCGGCCACCACCUGCGAUGAUCGCAAUGAAAAUCACCGUAUGUUUGUUAUUGAAAAUACCAAUGCGGACCCAUUCACUAGUACGUUCGUUUGGAGAGGACAAAUAACUGAUGCUACAAAUAAAUGGGCUAUUGAUGGAACUGUACUUCAACAUCCUUCAGGUCAACUCUAUUUUAUAUGGUCUGGUUGGCAAGGUGAUGUUGAUGAAAGACAAAUUUUAUAUAUUGCUCAAAUGUCAAAUCCAUGGACAAUUAGUAGUGCAAGAAUUGAAAUUGCAAGACCAGUUUAUAGUUGGGAAACAAAUCAUCGACCCUAUGUUAAUGAAGGACCACAAGUAACUAUACGCAAUGGUGUGAUAUCACUUGUUUAUUCAGCAUCUGGUUCAUGGACAAAUGAUUAUUGUCUUGGAUUAAUGACAGCAUCAAUAAAUAGUAAUCUAAUGAACGCAGCUUCUUGGGUGAAACAAACAAAUCCAAUAUUUCGUUCUGGCAAUUCUAUUUAUGGACCAGGUCAUCAAAGUUUUACAAAAUCUCCUGAUGAUCGAGAAGAUUGGAUUAUUUAUCAUUCAGCACGUUAUAGCGGUUCGGGUUGGACUCGACAAGUUCGUGCUCAACAAUUUACAUGGAAUGCUGAUUCAACACCAAAUCUAGGUUCACCAAUGAAUCCUAACAUACCAAUACGUAUACCAUCUGGUGAUCAACUACGAGAUCGUUAUGAAGCAGAACAUGCACGUCUUUUGAAUGGACCCUAUCAACACGCCCAUCCAAGUGCAUCAAAUGGUAUUAAAGUAGGAUACAUUGAUUUUCCAGAUAGUACAGUUGAAUUUACUGUACAUUGUGCAAAAGCAGGUACUUAUAUAAUAGUUAUUCGUAAUGGAAAUGGAUCGGCAGGAAAUGCACUUGCCACACAUUGGUUAUCAGUUAAUAAUGGUAAUCGAAUUGAAAUACCAAUCGUAUACAGUGGAUGGGAUAUGUGGGGUGCAAGUAUAGUUCGUGCAAGUCUUAAACAAGGUGCUAAUACUUUAGCUCUUACAAAAGGAAUGAAUUUUGCUGAAAUUGAUGAAAUUGAUGUUUUUCUUGAUGAAUAA